AUGCCGUCCGCAAAGGAAAGAGAUAGCCCGUCUGUCGACCGUCGCGACCGUCUGACGCUUGCGAAACUGGCCAGCUACGACGACGUCGCGACGGAUGCGCUGGUGGACCGAGCUUACUUCUGGACCAAUACUCGCAAGAAUAGAACCAAAUACAACCCCAUGCGGGGCAUCGUUGACGAUGAUGUCGCUCGCAUCCUCCUGCACGAUGUCAUUGUCGCAAAGGAUCCCGCGAAAGCAGAACGAGAAUUGCUGGCGAUGUCAGGGCUGAAGAAGUACAUGGCUCGGUUGCCCAACGAUCGCGAGAAGGAUUGGUUUCGCCGUCACCUGCGCAAAUACAUUCAGAUGUACCUACCUGACUCCCCGUUUGAGAUUACCACGACCAAUCGUUACACAAUUACGGAACAUGAGGCUGCAAUCUGCGCUCGCAAAUUUAUCAAGCAAGGACAGGAGAUCAAAUAUCUAAGCGGAACUCUUGUGCCUAUGACUCGUGAAGAAGAGCGGGAUCUUGACCUGAAGCGGAAGGAUUUCAGCAUUGUGAUGUCCAGUAGGAAAAAGACCCCGUCUUUUUUCCUUGGGCCUGCUAGAUUCGCCAAUCACGACUGUAAUGCAAAUGGAAAAUUGGUGACGCGUGGUUCAGAAGGCAUGCAGGUUGUGGCUACUCGGGACAUUUACAUUGGCGAGGAGAUUACAGUGUCCUACGGAGACGACUAUUUUGGGAUUGACAACUGCGAGUGUUUGUGUCUUACCUGCGAACGACUGGUCCGCAAUGGCUGGGCGCCGCAUGUGCCAUCUGAGCCUCAGAGUAAGGCGUCCACGCCUGCGCUGAACGAUGAUAAUCUGUCAAUGGACAGUCAUGUCUCACCUAAGAAGCGCAAAUUUGCGCCUGACUCAGACACCGAAACUUCUGCCCCGUCCACUCCUUGCAAACGGGGCAAAUUUGUUCGCCAGAGUUCCAAAUUGAGAUCUGAAGUGUCAUUCCUCGAAGUUGCUACCUCGAUUGAGCAACCUGCUGGCCCUUCCCCCGUGUCCAACGGUCCUGAUAUUGGGAUCUCGGGUAACAGCGCUCUCGAGUCGGAAAAUGACAGAACUGUGGACGCUGCUCUGCCUUCCCCGCCUGCCGAUUCUCCGUCAACUGCCGCGAACGAGUCAGAACGCUCAUCAACAUCAACAAUUGCCACCUCAGUGUGCGAUGCUUCAGUCAAAAUCAAAGUGGAAGAAACGAUAGAGAAAUCUGCGGACAAAGUUUCCGCCAUAGCCGAGACGAACAUUGAGCUGUCGAUCACAUCUCAACGCUCAGUCAGCAUUGAGGGAGACACAAAACCAGAGCUAUCAGACCCAACGAGCACAUUGGGACAAGAAUCUAUUGUUUCUAACAGAAAGAAGCCCAGAAACUCUCGUGGAAAAGCCACUGUUGUUCAGUCGGUGGAGGCUGAAUCACAACUCGUCCGUGUCCCAGGGGAUUAUACCAAGACGUCGAAACUUUUGGCGCAGACAUACGACCGCUGGGUUGACUGCCACACUUGUAAUGCCUGGUUUGUGCAACAUAACUCCUAUCUGACUCGACGGGAGUGCCCUCGCUGCGAGCGUCACUCUAUGUUGUAUGGAUACCGCUGGCCCAAGACUGAUAAGGAGGGCCCGUCGGACGAUGAAGAACGAGUGAUGGACCAUCGGACGGUGCACCGCUUCCUAUGCCCCGAGGAAGAGGCACUCAUCUCGCGUAAAGAUCGCGGCGUCAGUUUCGGCGUGACGCCCACGCCGGAAUUGUCUGAGCCACGCACAGAAACCGAAGGAAGCGAAGGCUGUGACGACAGACGCACUACUCGUGCGAGCCGGCGACGCACUCAUUCACUUCGAAUUACCAUGUGA